GGAAGGGUGUGUGUAUGUGUGCGCGCGUCCGCCGCAGCCCAGCCCAGUCUAUUCUUCUCCUGACGUCCUUCCUUCAUGCCAGUGUCACACGCAAGACGCAACCGAGGAUGUAGAUUUUACAGACACUGUACAGUUUCUAUUUGAUACUGUUUGGGUUCAUUGAUAUACUCUUGUUUCUUCGACAAGGACAGUCGCUUUGUUUGCCUUCUUAAACCCGACAGGACUGGACUCGAGACACCUUUAAUAUUUCAUACUGAACCCGCUUUCGUGGCGUUUUAUUUAUUUAAUACAUCUCGUUUCUGAAAAAUGCACACAGAUGACUCUUUGAAGGAGACACUGCGUUCGUGGGAGUGGUUUAUUUUUCUCCGGACAACCCCGACUCAUUGAAAAAAAUUGAAGGGUUUCAGAAAUCAGGUUGUUUUUUGUUAAUCUUUUUCUUCCUGGUCUGUUUUUGUGUUCUUAUUUCUCCGUCUCUUGCUCUACAAUCUUACGCUUUUUGUGGACCUCAACAGACACCAGACAGUUUCAGUAGAGCUGUUCAUAGACCCUACAGUGUGGAAGUAGUAUGAGGACACUUGGAUGGUGGACAUUUGGAGAAAAUUAUAUUUUGUUCUUCACAAACAUGAGCAUCGUAUAGCUUUAUACAAACCACUCAGCCUCGUUCGCUAGCAUAUUGCGUGCCAUUUAAUAAACUAAAUUGACAAUGGGGAUUGCUUGAAGAGAUCGCUCCAGCAUUACUGCUGUUGGAGAGGUCAGCGGUAGCCUCGAGAUACUGGCUCGGCUGCAGGGCUGUCCGUGACGACUGUUUCUUGUCCUGGUGCUGAUUAAACACACACACGGACCGGUAUCACUGAAGUAAAUCCGCCGCCGCUGCUGCUGUAGGCACGAUGUCCUCUCGUGCAACGCUACAGCCCGGGAACGACAGGAACGCAGACCACCAUGCAUCUCUCACGGGCAGUCGUUCAGAGAAGGGAUGGUCGACUCGAUCGCUCGGGGCCCGAUGUCGAAAUUCCAUCGCAUCCUGCACGGAUGAACAACCUCACAUUGGCAACUAUCGGCUGCUCAAGACCAUCGGCAAAGGCAAUUUCGCCAAAGUCAAAUUGGCGCGCCAUAUCUUGACCGGCAGGGAGGUUGCAAUAAAAAUCAUUGACAAAACCCAACUUAACCCUACGAGUCUACAGAAGCUCUUUCGAGAGGUACGGAUCAUGAAGGGCCUCAACCACCCAAACAUAGUUCAGCUCUUUGAAGUGAUUGAGACCGAGAAAACACUCUACCUUAUUAUGGAGUACGCAAGUGGAGGUGAAGUAUUUGACUACCUCGUAUCCCAUGGGAGAAUGAAGGAAAAGGAGGCACGUUCUAAAUUCCGGCAGAUCGUGUCUGCAGUUCAUUACUGUCAUCAAAAGAAUAUCGUUCACAGGGACUUAAAGGCGGAGAACCUCCUCCUUGAUGCAGACUCCAACAUCAAGAUUGCAGACUUUGGCUUUAGUAAUGAAUUUACGCUGGGCAGUAAGCUGGACACGUUCUGUGGCAGUCCGCCCUACGCCGCUCCCGAGCUUUUUCAAGGGAAGAAGUAUGAUGGGCCAGAAGUAGACAUCUGGAGUCUGGGGGUUAUUCUUUACACGCUGGUCAGCGGAUCCCUUCCCUUUGAUGGACAAAACCUCAAGGAACUGCGUGAGCGCGUGUUACGGGGGAAAUACCGUGUACCGUUUUACAUGUCUACCGACUGUGAAGGCAUCCUGCGCAAGUUUCUCGUGCUCAACCCCACCAAGCGCUGCACCCUGGAGCAAAUCAUGAAAGAUAAAUGGUUAAACGUUGGGUACGACGGGGAUGAGCUGAAGCCACAUCUGGAGCCUGUGGAGGGCUAUAAUGAUUCCAGCCGUAUAGAUGUAAUGGUAGGAAUGGGUUACACCCGUGAUGAGAUAAAAGACGCACUCACUACGCAAAAGUACAACGAGAUAUUCGCCACGUACCUGCUGCUAGGCCGCAAGAACGAGGAUGGUAUGGAGUCUCGGUCAAGCAGCAGUCUCUCUCUAGCACGGGUUCGACCCGGCACCAUCACAAACGGCACCAGCAAACACUCGUCCACCUCCUCGUCCAGCUCCACCUCUGCCUCCACACACGCUAAACCCCAACGCAGUGCUUCUACCUACCACCGGCAGAGGAGGCACAGUGACUUUUGUGGGCCAUCAGUGCCAGUAGCCCACCCCAAGCGCAGCCCCACCACUGCAGGGGAAGGGGAUCUGAAGGAGGAGCGUCUGCCCUCACGUAAGACCAGCGGCAGUGUGGUGGGCAGUCGUAGUAUCCCUCCGUCCAGUCCUAUGGUCAGUGCUGCUAAUAACCCCAACAAGGCAGAGAUCCCAGACCGCCGCAAAGAUGUCAAUGUAACGACGAACAACAUCCCUUCUAGUGCCAUGACCCGUAGAAACACAUAUGUAUGUACAGACCGCACCAGCACCGACAGACACAACUUACUGCAAAACGGGAAGGAAAACAGCUCCUUGUCACAUCGAAUACCUCCAGCCUCCCCAUCCACCCACAGUAUCUCUGGAGCCGGGGCGUCUAGCUCUGUAUCUUCUGAGCGCUCUCGCCUGACGAGGGGCACAACCAUUCGUAGCACCUUUCACGGAGGUCAGCUACGGGACCAUCGGGCCUCCAGCCACGCACCGCCGACCUCACCCACCCUGUCCCACGAAGCCAGCCCUCUGCCACAUUCACGCAGCCGGGCGACCACCAACUUGUUCUCCAAGCUGACCUCCAAACUCACACGCAGGGUCAAUCUUGACCCGUCUAAGCGCCAGAGCUCAAACAAGUCCGUCUCGGGCUGCACUCUGCCACAGGGAUCAAAAACAGUUAACGAACCUGAGAGAGUCUGCAGAUCUCCGGUCACAAGAAAACAAGCAAACAACUCAAACAGAAGGCAAACUGAAAAUAGCUACAGACACAACUACAAAAAAUCAAACUAAAAACAACAGGUAAUUUCUAGCAUGUGCUAUGUACCAUGGCAGAUCAGACUGAUCCGAAUGUGACUGAAUCGUGUCCAUUUUAUAGAUAACAGUGUGUGUAUACUGUGCAUUAAAACUAGCUUAGAUCUAUGUAGAAGUUAUAUAGAUCUCUGUAUUUGUCUUUACCUUUUCUAUUAAACACUGUAUAUUACCUAUUGGCAGUUGUUGGAUAUUGCAUAAAUCAUUUGGAAAGUCACAGUCAUAUAUCAGUUUGUUUAAACAUGGAUGUUUGAAUGACAUGCUGCGUGCUUUUGUUGAUUUUCCAUGCUCGGUUGAUCUGGACACGUUAUUAAGAUGAAAUUUAACCUUAAAUGUACAAAAACCAUAUAUACGGCAUAUGUUAUGCAUGCAUGACAGGUGAUGUACGGCUGCACAGGAAUCUGAGAUGUUUCAGUUCUAGCAUACAUAAAACUACUCUGCUUGAUUACUAUUUUAUUCUUUUAUUUUUUGAGUAUGAAUGCUGUAUGUUUUAAUCAUCAAAUAUCAUUUUUCAGCAUUAACAAUUGAGUGCAUUGAAAUUUGUAAGAGUUUUUUUAUUUAUAGGCCUCAAAAAACUUUCUUCAGGUUUCAUGACUUACAGCUGAAUUAAGUAAUGUUCAGUUUAACUGCUUGUUGUAAACAUGAUUUUAUUAUCCUGAGGAACUCCAGUGUUUGCUGCAAGGUAACGGUAUUAGCGGUUGACCUUUUCUACCCUGAAGAUCAUUUUAUGACAAUAAAUGUCUUGACAGAAGAAUAUUUUAAAUGUUUUAUAAACCAGAUCUGGUCCAGUAGGGACACUGCCCUCUAGAGUUUAGUUUUAACCCUUAUCAAACUACUUGUGUGUUUCAAGUAAUCCUGAAGAUCAGAUUUUUCAGGUCUGUUUGAUAAGGGUUGGAGCUAAACCCUGCAGGACAGUGACCUUACUGGAUUUAAAGUUAAAAAGCCCAAAUAUAUGCGACCCGGUCUGUGAAUCCGGGCUAAGUCUCAAUCAAAUUAUUAGAUUAUGAGUAUCAAAGUUUGAUUUAACUUUAUUUCAAUAUUUGAAAUGGUCUUAGUCAAUAUAUCAAGUUAAUAUUUUCACAGAACAUUCUUUACAAAUCAUAAAAAAUGACUUUACAGGCACAGUCACAUAUUUUGUAUUUCAUAUAAAGCAGUUUUUUAAAAGUAAAUGAUCGUAUUUAAAUGACAUUAGAAGUACGUUGAAAUCAGAUGAAUUUACAGUUUAAUGUGUUUGCUUAAACACAUUUCUAAUAUAUUUCUCUCUUGUCCCCAUCUCACACCCCCCAUCCACACAUGGCCACCCACUUUCCAUUUCACCUCCCCCUGCCUUCUCCUCAUCUCUUCACAGUCGCUAUCUAUCUGGGUAUCAAAAA